GGAGGCGUGUUGGCCCCGCCCAAUCGUAGCCGCGCUCGUCCCCCGUCUUGCGCCUGCGCGGUGUGCACCUGCGCCGGCGUCCCGUUAUUGGCGCGAGGAUGUCGUGAGGGAAGGAGAACGAGCGGGCGCCAUGUUGGGCGCCGGGGAGCCGGGCCCGGAGGCCGUGGAGGAGGAGGACCCCGAGGCGGCGUCGGCCGAGGAGCUGGGCUCGUGCAGCAAGGAGGAGCUGGUGCGGCGGCUGCGGCGAGAGGAGGCGGCGAAGCUGUCGGCGCUGGUGCAGCGGGGGCGUCUGAUGCAGGGCGUGAACCGGCAGCUGCAGGAGCACCUGAGGGAGGUGCGCGAGCUGAAGGCGGUGAACGGGCGCCUCCAGGCGGAGAACCGCGAGCUGCGCGACCUCUGCUGCUUCCUGGACGAGGACCGCGCCAAGGCCAAGCGCCUGGCCCGCACCUGGCAGCUCUUCGGCCACACCGCCGCCCAGGCCCUGCGCGACGACGUGGCCGCCUGCCUCCGCAAGCUGGCCGCCCUCGAGGGCCUCCAGGACCGCCUCGCCCGCGACAACCUCGAGCUCAAGCAGCUCUGCCUCGCCCUCGACGACGAGUGCGCCGCCGCCCUCGCCACCAGCGCCAGCGCCGCCCCCAGCCCCGCCGCCCACGCCGAGCUCGCCCUGCCCGCCCCCUGCGGGCCCAGGGACCUCGGCGACGGGAGCUCCUCCACCGGGAGCCUCGGCAGCCCCGACCAGAGCCACCCCGGGUGCUCCCCCGACGGGUGACCGGGCCGGAAGGGCCUCUGCCGGGAGGGCUUCAGCGGUGUCUCUCCCCUGUCACCGGAAUGAGGUACUCUCCUGUCACGCCACCCAGGGCCUCUAGGGCUCCCUACCAUCCUUAGGAAAGACCGCCUGAGCCUCUGCUGGGAAGGUUUUGUUGGUGUCUCUCCACCUGGCAAAAAGGAGAGCCUCCUGUCACUCCACCCAGGACCUUUGGGGUGCCCCACCACCCAUGGAAGCGCCUCUGCCGGGAGGGCUUUGGUGGUGUCCCCCUGCCUGGCGGACAAUGGGCACCUACAGACACCUCCAUGGCCCCUGGCAUCUCUCCCCCUGCCAGAAAGGCACCCGGAUGGGCCUUUGGGCCUCUCUACCUUCCUUAGGAAACUCCACCUGGGCCUCUGCUGGGAGGGCUUUGGUGGUGUCCCCCUGUCUGGCAGGCAAUUGGCACCUAGAUGGCCCUUGGCAUCUCUCCCUCUGCCAGAAAGGCACCUGAAUGGGCCAUCGGGGCUCUCUACCAUUCUUAGGAAAGACUGCCUGGGCCUCUGCCGGGAGGGUAUUGUUGGUGUCUCUCCACCCAGCAGAAAGGAUUCACUCCUGUCACUACAGCCAAGCCCCGGAAUGAGCUGCUGCUGUUGCCAGGGCCUUUGGGGCUCCCUACCAUCUUUGGAACUGAGGCCCCUUUAAUAAAUACCACCUGGGCCUCUGUCGGGAGGGCUUUGUUGGUGUUCCCCUGCCUGGCAGACGGUUGGUACCUAGAUGGCCCUUGACAUCCCUCCCCCUGCUACUGUCACUACAGCCGGGCACCUGACUGGUCCUUAGGACUCUCCACCAUGUUUAGGAAAGACUGCAUGGACAUCUGUCUGAGGCUAUUAGGAUUUGUGGGAGUUGAACUCCAAAACACCUAUGGUCUGGAAUAUAUCCUUAGUUAGGCCUGUUUAUUUGGAUAUGAUGCUGCUCUUUUCCUAAACCUUAAUAUAGAACAGGUCUGGGCCAACUUGGGCCCUCCCUCCCGGGGGUUUUGGACUCCAACUCACAGCCUACCAGCUGUUAGGAAUGGUGGGAGUUGGAGUCCAAAACCUCCGGAGGGAGGGCCCAAGUUGGCCCAGGCCUGGUGUAGACCCAAAACUAAAUUAUAUAAGGCUUUGGCUAGAUCUGCACUUCCGUACAGGUCUACACUGACUGUAUAAUGCAGAUCUAAACUGGGUUGUAUGACUACAAAGAAUUUAUAGUGUUUUAGGGGAGGUAGUUGAGGUCGACGAGUGCUUCAUCGGCCUGCGAAUGUAUGAAACGGACCAAAAGACCCGAUUUAGGGCAGCUAUCCUGGACAAUGUGAGAGUGGCAUGCAUGUAUGUUGCAGAUUUCGGACCACCAAAGGUCUCUUUUGUGAUUGGAAUGGACUUUGCUUACUAUUUGGAACAUUUGCUUCCCUAGAAUGUGGCACUGGAAUAGUUUGAGACUGAUUAGCAAUAGUUUGAGACUAUGGACUUGGCUUGGACCAAGGAUAUAAAUACCCCUAGGAACUCCCUGACACUGGAUUACAAGACUUGGCUUUGUUUUGCUGUGAAGACGGGGGAAACCCACCCAAUUUGGGGAAGCAGCGAGCUUCUGUGACCCACAGGACUCUUUGUAGACACUGGAACUACCGUCCUGGAUACAACUGGACUAUGACUUGCGGGGAAUUUGUAGUUGUACAGCUGGUUGCCCCUCAACUGGAAAAAAGAUUCCAGGGCGCCGGGCAUGUGAAUAUCUUCACCCUCUUUCUCCUCCUCAGGAUGUUAAAUAAAUGUUUUGAAACCA